AUGCAGCGCAGACACAGCGCCCGAGGAGAAUGGAUCCCCACCGAGGGCCAAUGGCCCGUCGAUCCCCAGCAGGACAUGCCCGUCUCUGACGACCGUAUCUGGGUCGACGGCUGCUUCGACUUUGCCCACCACGGUCAUGCCGGCGCAAUGCUGCAGGCCCGCCAGCUGGGCACCGAGCUCUACGUCGGCGUCCACUCGGACGAAGCCAUCCUCGAGAACAAGGGCCCGACCGUAAUGCGCCUCGACGAGCGUGUCACCGCCGUCGAGGCCUGUCGAUGGGCAACCAAGGCCGUCCCACGAGCCCCCUACGUUACCUCGCUGCCCUGGAUCACCCACUACGGUUGCCAGUAUGUUGUCCACGGCGACGACAUCACCUCGGACAGCGAUGGCCGCGACUGCUACCGCUAUGUCAAGCAGGCCGGCCGCUUCAAGGUCGUCAAGCGCACCCCGGGCAUCUCGACAACCGACCUCGUCGGUCGUAUGCUGCUGUGCACCCGCUCCCACUUUAUCCCUUCUCUCGACAAGCGCUUGACCGGUGAAGAGGGCCCUGGCGACGAGGCAGAGCGCACAAAGGCUGGCCAGGAAAUGCUGCAGCGCAUCAAGGACUAUGCGACUGACGCCUCGGGCCGUGCCCCUGGCUGCGAUGUCUGGUACUGGCAUGCUUCUCGACCAGUCAAGCUACGGAGAACCACAACCAGCGCCGUUACCAGCCCUACCCGCCCCGAUCACCCCCGCCAGGAAUCCACGGUCUCGCAAGUAGGCCCCGUCAGGGAGGAAAAGGGCAAGUUCAACCAGCUCGUUCAGGGCAAGGGGCUUAAGGAGGGCCAGUCUGUCGUCUAUGUCGAUGGCGGCUGGGAUCUGUUCUCCUCUGGCCAUAUUGAAUUCUUGCGCUCCGUCACACAAUGCGAAGAAGACCGCGCGAGGGAAAACGGAUGGUACACGGAAGAAGCCAAGCAGGAGCGCAUACAAAAAACCGGCGAAGACUAUGGCCCGGUUUUCUUGAUCGCCGGUAUCCACGACGACGAGGUCAUCAACCACUGGAAAGGCAUCAAUUACCCGAUCAUGAACAUUUUUGAACGUGGUCUAUGCGUUUUGCAAUGCAAGUACGUCCACGCUACCAUUUUCGGCGCUCCUUUCUCCCUUAGCAAGGCCUUCCUCCACGCCCUCCCCUAUUCAUCUCCCCUGACCAUCUACCAUGGCAAGACUACCUUUAUGCCACUCCAGUUCGACCCCUACGCUGUGCCCAAGACGAUGAACAUUUACCGCGAGAUUGGCGACCAUGGCUUCCAAAACGUCAAUGCCGCCGAGAUUGUCGCCAGGAUCAUGAAGGGCAGGGCUCUGUACGAAGAGAGACAGCGCAAAAAGGGCGAAAAGGGCAUCACCGAGGAUGCAGAAAAGCUUCGACAGGAGAUGGAGCGCGAGCAGAGGAGGAGGGAGGUUGAGGGCCAGUUUGGCCUAUGA